CCUAGUCAUUAACAGAGGAAGCUUGGGGCUGAAAACCCUGGGACAGAGAGGAGAGAGGUUUCUCUGAGCGUUGGCUGCACCUAUAGACCCAAGGUGCAGCUAAAAAGCUCUCAUUCUCUUUUCUGCUUCCUCAGAAGUCAGCUAGCAGCCCUGCCAACUCCCAUCCCGGCCUCAGCCAUGAUAAGGAGAGGCUUCCAGGCAGCAGCAAGACUUGGCCACCAUAGAGCCUUUCCUGGUGCUCCCUGCAUUUUGCCCAGACUCAGCCCUGCCUCAGCAUUUGGAUCGUCCACGGACUCCCUGAUCUCAAGAUUCUGUCUGGAGAAAACAGAGUUGAAGGAUUUAGCCCUUCCUAAUGCCAGCUGGUGUCCAGACAUGCUAAGCCUGUACCAGGAAUUUCUGGAGAAGACCAAGACCAAUGGCUGGAUCAAACUGCCGUCCUUCAAGUCCAACAGAGAGCACAUCCAAGGGCUCAAGCUCCCAUUUGGGCUAGCAGUUACCUCGGACAUAAGCGACUGGCGCAUCUUCACUAGGUGCAUCCAAGUGGAAGGACAAGGCUACGAGUACGUCAUCUUUUUCCACCCAUCCAAGAAGAAGUCCAUCUGUCUUUUCCAACCAGGUCCCUACCUGGAGGGGGCUCCAGGAUUUGCCCACGGAGGGUCCCUGGCAGCCAUGAUGGAUGAGACCUUUUCUAAAACUGCAUACCUGGCUGGAGAGGGACUGUUCACAAUAAGCCUUAACAUCAGAUUCAAAAACUUGAUCCCCGUGGGCUCUCUGGCUAUACUGAAUGUUGACGUGGAAAAGAUUGAGCACCAGAAGAUUCACAUGUCCUGCAUCACCCAGAGCAGUGACCAGCAGACAGUCUAUGCCAAGUCCUCAGUUGACCAAGAUAAUUUAUGAACCGAGAGUCACUGUAUACCACAACUGUCCUUCAUUCAUGGUCAAGAAGAGCCUAAUCUUCAUCUAAACACUCCCAAGAGAAGAAGGGAAAUGUAUUCCAUCCUUCCUAUGCAGUCAAGAAAAGGAAGAAAAACAAAACAGUUGUAUUUGAAUUUCCAUAUUAAAACAGGUUCAAUGCAUCCUGGCAA